UGUACCGGAUUCAUUGAACAAGUAAUUAAAAUAUUGGAAAAUGUUGGAACUUUAUCGAAAAAUAAAAGAGAUCAAUUAAUUGAAACUAAAGAAUAUAAUGAUUGUAGCACCUUGAUUUCUGAAAUUGAAUAUUACUUCAAAAAACAUGAUCAAGAAAAUUCAAAUCCAUCCGAAGUUAAGGAAUCUCUCAAAAAAUUCGUUCUUAACUUGGAAAUUGUCGUUAAUGCUAUCCAGCGAGCCUCUGAACAUUUGAAAACAAAGAAAGGAAGUAAAUGGAGUCCUUCUAACGUUUCGAAAAUAAAAACGAUUGGAAAAUUGAUGGUGAUGAAAAAGGAAUCAGAUCGAAUUAAAGAUGAUGGCGAUUUCGUUCCUCUUACGCAUGAGGAGGAACCUGUGAUUCAACAAGGAUUAAAUAUUCCGACCUGUGAAGUAGAAGAACCGUCAAACAUCCCGACAAGUGUGGAAGAUCCAUUGAACGUUCCGACGAGCCAGAAAGAAAAUCCAAUUGAACCUGUUAUUCAACGAGAAGUAAUUAUUCCGAAAAGUUUAAGUAGGGAAGACGAAAGUCCAAAUGAAACUAUCAUUCAACAAGAUAUCAUUAUGCCGACAGGUUUCAUUAAACAAGAAUUGAUCAUUCCAACAGGUCUCAAUCGUGAGGGCAAUUAUGAAGGAAUGUUUUUUAAUAAUAAACUUUCCGAGAAAUGUAUUGGAAUCAUUUCAAGAGAUGAUAUCAAAUUCACUAAAUUUAAAGAUGAAAUGUCAUAUCUCAUGGAUUUAUCAUGUGGUUGUAACAAUAUUCUCUCGGUAAAAGGAUUUACUGAACGUUCGAUUAAGGAAAAUCCUUCCAUUUUGAUUUAUAUUGUGAAUUUCUUAAGUUCUUUCUUCUUUAACUAUAAAAAUAAACAUGCAACCAUGUUGGUUACCGAAUGGGCGGAAUUUAAUCUUCCAGAUUAUUUAAAAAAAAAUGAUCUAGAUUGGAGUGCUAAACUUUCUAUCGCUCGUGGAAUUGCCAAUGCGUUGAAUCAUAUUCACAAUUUAAACCUACUUCAUUACAACGUCAAAAGUGAUAGUGUCUUAUUGGAUCAUGAUCUUGAACCAAAACUUCAUAAAUUUGGUAAGGAUGCAAAAGAUUGCGUCUUUUUAAAAUCAGCAGGAUCAUUAAAACCUUCAAAUUGGUCAGCUCCUGAAGUUAAACGAGGAGGAAAAUACACUUCAGCAAGCGAGGUUUAUAGCUUUGGAGUUAUUCUUUGGGAGAUUGCCACGCAAGAAUGUCUAUCAGGAAAUAAAUCUAUCGAUAAAAGAGAUAUUGUUGAUGCGCCUACAAAUUAUCUUACCAUCAUGAAAAGUGCUUUGGAUCAAGAGCCUCAAAAUCGUCCAACUAUGCAAGAGAUGUUUGAUACUCUGAGUCAAUUGGAGUCUUUUUAUAGCGCCCGUCAACAAAAACAACAAAAUCUUUCGAUAAGAAAUAUUAUAAAUAUUAUAAAUACGAAUUCUGCUGUUUCUAGCUCAUCUGAGGAUCUCACUAUUGCACCUUCAAUAUCAGAUCAAGAAUAUAUGUUCUUCACCAAUAAUGUCAAUAUUACUUCAAAAGUUGAAAAUUCUACCGAUAAUGACGAAUUUACUGUUAGCGAAUCUACUUCAAGUAUUGAAAAAUCUCCCACCGUUAAUGCCGAUGAUACUGAAAAAUCAUCAAUAUUUACCACCAAUAACGUCGAUUAUCAUUCAGAUACCGAAAAUUCAACAACCAUCAUCAAUAAUGUCGAAACAAAUGCUGAAAAGUCACCUACUUCUACCAAUGACAUCGAUUAUCAUUCAGAUAUCGAAAUUUCAACUUCCACCAAUGACGUCGACUACCAUUCAGAUACCGAAAGUUCAACAAAUUUCACCAAGGAUGUUGAAACAAUUGCUGAAAAAUCACCAACUUCCACCAAUAACGUCGACUACCAUUCAGAUACCGAAAUUUCAACUUCCACUAAUGUCGUCGACUAUCAUUCAGAUACCGAAAGUUCAACAAAUUUCAUCAAGGAUGUAGAAACAAAUGCUGAAAAGUCACCAACUUCUACCAAUGACGUCGACUACCAUUCAGAUACCGAAAUUCCAACUUCUACCAAUGACGUCGAUUAUCAUUCAGAUACCGAAAGUUCAACAAAUUUCACCAAGGAUGUAGAAACAAAUGCUGAAAAGUCACCAACUUCCACCAUUGACGUCGACUACCAUUCAGAUACCGAAAUUUCAACUUCUACCAAUGACGUCGAUUAUCAUUUAGAUACCGAAAGUUCAACAAAUUUCACCAAGGAUGUAGAAGCAAAUGCUGAAAAUUCACCAACUUCCACCAAUGACGUCGAUUAUCAUUCAGAAACCGAAAGUUCAACAAAUUUCACCAAGGAUGUUGAAACAAAUGCUGAAAAGUCACCAACUUCCACCAAUGACGUCGAUAAUUACAGCAAUUUUUUCCAAGGAACUCAUACUUACUCAAUAAUUGUUGUUAAAUACUUCAAACAUAUCCAUGAUUGUAAUAAAUGUCAAGAGCUAGAAAAAAUGCUUAUUCAGUCAGAUAAAAAAGUAUUUCCUAUGGAAGCAAGAGAUAUCGAUACAACUACCAGUUCCUCGGUCAGUAAUAAUACAUUUGUAAUCUACCAUUCAGAUACCGAAAUUUCAACUUCUACCAAUGACAUCGAUUGUCAUUCAGGUACCGAAAGCUCAACAAAUUUCACCAAGGAUGUUGAAACAAAUGCUGAAAAGUCACCAGCUUUCACCAAUGACGUUGAUUAUCAUUCAGAUACCGAAAGUUCAACAAAUUUCACUAAGAAUGUCGAAACAAAUGCCGACAAGUCACCAACUUCCACCAAUGACGUCGACUACCAUUCAGAUACUGAAAGUUCAACUUCCACCAAUGACGUCGACUACCAUUCAGAUACCGAAAGUUCAAUUUCCACCUAUAACGUCGAUUAUCAUUCAGAUACCGAAAGUUCAACAAAUUUCACUAAGAAUGUCGAAACAAAUGCCGACGAGUCACCUACCUCCACCAAUGACGUCGGCUGUCAUUUAGAUACUGAAAGUUCAAUUUCCACCUAUAACGUCGAUUGUCAUUCAGGUACCGAAAGCUCAACAAAUUUCACCAAGGAUGUUGAAACAAAUGCCGACAAGUCACCAACUUCCACCAAUAACGUCGACUAUCAUUCAGAUACCGAAAGUACAAUUUCCACCAAUGACGUCGGCUGUCAUUUAGAUACUGAAAGUUCAACAAAUUUCACCAAGGAUGUUGGUACAAAUGCUGAAAAGUCACCAACUUCCACCAAUAACGUCGACUACCAUUCAGAUACUGAAAGUUCAAUUUCCACCAAUGACGUCGACUGUCAUUCAGAUACCGAAAGUUUAACAAAUUUCACCAAGGAUGUAGAAACAAAUGCUGAAAAGUCACCAACUUGCACCAAUAACGUCGACUACCAUUCAGAUACUGAAAGUUCAAUUUCCACCUAUAACGUCGAUUAUCAUUCAGAUACCGAAAAUUCAACAAUCAUCACCAAUAAUGUCGAAACAAAUGCUGAAAAUUCACCUACUUUCACCAAUAAUGUCGCCCAUAAUUCAAAUAUUGAAAUAUUGCCAACUCUCACCAUUGAUAUAAAAUCCACUUCAAAUAUUGAGAAAUCAUCAUCAACCAUUAUCCAUCAC